UUUCAGUCUCCAUCCAAAAGUCAGUCUUCAAACAUUAAAAAUUUCAUUUCUAUCCAGCAUUUCUCCUCGAGCAACUGCAACUGCCACAUUUGAAUUUUAAAAAUCCCUAAUUCGACCGCACAAAAUUGAUUGAUGAGGCAAUUGAGCUAAAUUAGAAUUAAGAGAGUUGGAGGCAGUGAAAGUUGUCGAGAAGAUCGGAGUUUUGUGAAAAGUUUAGCUGACAAAGGGAAUAAUGAAGACCGGUGGAAGGCCAAUCAUCAGAAUGGCUCCGGAGACGGCUUAUGGAGCCGGUGGAAUCGAGUGCUGCUUCUGCCGAUGUUGCACUUGCAUUCACAUUGAAUUCUUUAAGACUCUUCCCGGAGCUGUCAAAAUAGCCGAGACGGUAAUUAGCGGUAUCAUUCAGAGUCUCUUGAUAAAUUACGGUCUCCGAUACAGCGCGACGAUUGGUUCAGCCUUCGAGGGAUCAUUGACGACGUCAUCAGCAUGUUUUCUCACGUCAUCUGUGUUACUAGCGUGCUACAUUGUUUCUAAGAAAUCGUAUGGACUUAUUCGCGCUUCAUUAUUUGAAAUGAUGUUCAAUGCUUUAGCAUGCUUUCUAUACCUAACUUCCGCAUCUUACCUCGGAUUCUCGACGAAAAUGUUCCUGUGGCCCCAGUACUACAUCACCCCAGGGUUCGACGUGUAUCCGGCGAUGACUGCAGCAUAUAUGCUGAGUGUCGUCGUGGGGUGUUUACACGGGGCGGACGCGUACUUCUCCUUCCGGGAAUACAAGAGGAGGUAAUCAUCACUUCACUGCGAACUACGAAAUGAUCGCUGUGUUUCGUGUUGAUUAAACGUUGUUACUGCAGUCAUACCAAUCGUUUCCCUAAGGCUAUUAUGUUUCUAAUGUAUUAUAUUCUCGAUUUAUUUUUAAUAUUGAUAUUUUGUA